UUUGAUUUUUAUUCGUCGUUUAAACUUGGUUGUGAGAGGGUAGCAGCUGAGCCCCGUAACUAGUCGCCCGCGAUAGCGUCCCCGUCGCCGUUUAAACUUGGUCGCGAGAGGGUCGCAGCCCCCAGUCCCUUUACUAAUCGCCCGCGAUCGUGUUUCAGAAAGUGAAAGCACAGUGAGACACCUGGCCAGCACAAGUCUGCAGAUCCAGAUCCUCCAGCAUAUUCUCAUGGCCCCUGUGAGCGGCUGUUCGCCCACCGCCACCCACUCUCUGCAGGACAUGAGCGCCGCUGCCGCGGCCAUCGCUCUUGACAUGAAGCCCAAGGGGGAGUGCCACCCCUUGGCCGCCGUCACUGCCACUGCCCUGCCCUCGCAGAAAAUCAAGAAACUGGUGCGGCGCAACGCCUCCGACAAGCUGAAGCUUAUCCAAAUGGUCCACGACAACCCAAUUCUGUGGGAUUCACGCCUCCCGAACUUCAAGGGCGCUGAGGAGGAGAAGAACCGCGCCUGGGAGCACAUAGGUCGCGAGUUCAAUGCUCCAGGGCGACGAGUGGCGCGGGCCUUCAAGUCGCUAAGAGAAUCCUACCGUCGUGAACUGGCCCAUGUCAAGCUGAUGGGUAAUGGCUUUAAGCCUAAAUGGAGUCUUUACGAGGCCAUGGACUUUCUGCGCGACGUCAUCAGAGAGAGAAAAGGAGCUUCCCAUGCAACCGAUCUCAGUCUGACCACCUAUGGGCAUAUUCACAGCAACAACAACAAUAACAGCAGCAGCAUGGGAGUUCCCGGAAAGGCAGUAUCCCUAAAGCUGACCACGCCAUUUAACGAGUCGGCCGCAGUGUUGAACCUAUCCAAGUGCUCUUCACUGAACGUGAGCGGCGAUGACUACUACUGCGACUACUAUGUUAAGCCGGAGCUGGAUCUCACGAUGGGUGGUGGUGCCGGUAGUAGCAGCAGUGGCAGCAGCUCCGGCGGCGGCCCACUUCCGCUGCCCGCCCAUCAGCACCAGGUGCACAACGACAGCCGGGUUAGCUCAACACGUAACGAGCACCAGCACCUACAAAACAGCUACGAUGACAUUGACGCCAGCUCGAUUCACAGCGGGGACGAAGACCCCGGCCACGUAUCCGACGGAGUGGAAGAGCUGGAGGCAAUCGACGCUGACUUUCCCUAUCCGCUUAUCCUGGACUCCAACUCACGCGGGAGCACCAAUGCUGGCGUGGAUGAGGUGGCUUCGUCGCGCAAGCGCCGCCGCAACGUUGAGCAGGAUGGUCUGGAGAGCGGCAAUGGCGACGGCGAUGCUGUAAUUGAUGGAGACGACUAUGAGGAGCAGAUGCUGCAGCAGCACCGCCAUCUCCGGCAGCAGCAGGGCGCAGCUGUCACCGGAGGCCUGGAUCUGCCACCCCCGCAAACUGUUCGUGAGGUACUCAACUCCAAGUUUUGUGGCUUUAUCUCGGCUAAGCUGAACAGCAUGGAGGACUCGGAGGCGGAUAAUUUAAUGAACCGCAUUCUUUUAUUACUGGUUCAAGUGCAGCAGUGCGAAGGGUCCACUAAAUAGGUGACCAGUGAGAAGAGCGCUUAAUGCGCGGGGUGUAGCUAUAAUAGCCGAGAAAAGCUCAUUAUGGAUUGAUGCAGCUGCUCAAAGCACUCGCAACGAAUUGAUUUCUUGUCGUUCGUUUUGACUUCCCUUGCCAUAAGAAUUAUAAAACUUACUUGCCAAUGCCAAAUUUGUGCCAUACCAAAAAUAUCAAUCAAGCAACUAUAAGAAUGGUUUUUCAAAGAAACACUUAUUUGCUUUGCUCUCAUUUACAACAAAGAAAAAACUCAAAGAAAAGACAACACAAAGACAAAAAACAAAGAAAGUAGGUAAAGUAUGAGAAUUAGUAAAAUAAACCAUUAAAUGUUAAUGUCGUUUUAAGUCUACCAACUGUAAAUCAUACUCAUGCCAACGUUUCAUCACAUGAUUCUAUUCUUUUUCUUGAAACUAUUAUUACGAUUUAAAACAUAACCACCUUCUUGUUAUAUUGAAGAUUUAGAAAUUAGAAUCCUCUAUUGGAAUAGCUUUUAAUACACACUAGCUAUCAUUUUACAUUCAGUUGAACAACGAAGUGAAUAUUUAUAAUUUUCUGAAAGCAAAUAAUUAUGCUUUCCAUAUUUUAUCAUUAUUUACGGUUUUGAAUAAAACUCCAUAAAAUGUA